AUGACUCUGAAUCUCAUAUCCCGCGCGACAGACAUUGUCAUUCCAGAUGGACUGCACAACUUUGCAAUUGCACAGGUUGUCCUGUUCUCCUUGAUAUACCUGGUACAGCUUCCCAUGAGGUAUAAGCAAGAAUGGCGGUACUGGCACCACAACAAACGCCAACACCCGAUACGCUGUGCCCUCUACUGUUGUUGGAGCAUGGUUGGUCUUUUGGCUAUGAUUCGGAUCGCCGGAUCAGCUAUGGUGCUUUCCAACCGCCACCCAAACGACUCGAUGCUCAGCGCCGAGAUCUCCUUGCAAAGUGUGGGCUUGUCGCCUCUCAUGUUUGAAGUCAGCCUGGUUCUUCUUCGAUGUGGACAAGCUGGAGAAUUUGGGCCCGGAAAAUCGAAGUACCCCAAGCUAUUGCGUUUCACACUGCACGCUUUUCGUUUUCCGAUCGUUGUUGGUAUUGUCCUCGGAGUCGUGGGCAAGAUCAUCCAGAUGAAGCCACUUGCCGAAGCCGGAUCGAUCGUCUUGGUCGUGACUUUUGCGUUUGUGACAGGCCUUAUUGUCUGGCUCGCGGUCAAGUCACACUCAACUCUUCCUGUGCAGGGUCAUCGUGGUGUUCUUAUAGUGUCACUUGCUCUUCCAUUUUUGUGGGUACGUGUCAUCUACUUCCUGUUGCAGGAGUAUGGACCAGAAAGAUUCAGUAUUACCUCGGGUAAUGUCGGGGUCUUGGUGGGCAUGGGACUGGUGAUGGAGAUCAUCAUUGUCUCUUUGCUCUUGACGGCCCGCGCAGUUGUAGAGCCCAUGUGGUCAACUGAGGACAAGAGGCGUAUAGUAUCCGAUGGAACAGAGCAGGCUUGA